UUCGUUUUUCCGUUUUCUGUUUUUUUUUCCCCGCUGCAAGAACAAACUCAGCGAACGUUGUGAACCAAAAAUAGAGUGUCCUUGAUGCUACUGCUACUGUUAUUUACAGUGAAGAUUGUGGAGAAAAAACAAAGUAACCCAGCACAGGUUGUGGAGAAACAACAGAGUAACCCACAAAAUCGCUAUGAAGGAACCCAGCAAAGGUUGUGGAGAAAAAAAACAGAGUAGCCCAGCAAAAUCAUUACGCCAAAGGUCAAAAACUUAAAGAUGAUGGAGUUCAGUUUUCUUAAUCAGCUUUCAAACAAGAGUGACAAGUACAAAAUCAAAAUUAGAGUAUCAAGGAUGUGGGAUGCUGUAAAUAGAAACAAUCAAGAAAUUAUCAGUUCAGAUAUGAUUCUUAUUGAUGAACAGAAUAAUGCAAUACAUUCUACCAUUCAUAAGAAUAUUUCAAAAAAACUCAAACCUUUUCUGAAAGAAGGGCAGCUGUAUGCAUUAUCAAACUUUGAAGUUGGUAAUUGCAAUGAAUUCUAUAGGCCAAUUCAAAAUGAGCAAAAGAUCAUAUUCUUGCCAACAACCAACAUUCAAGAAUUAACAGAAACUGAAGUCAAUAUACCUCAUCAUAAAUUUGAAUUUGUUGACUACAACACCAUCGUUCAACGACUUAACAGCCAUGUCCAGCUAUCAGAUAUUAUUGCAAAAGUGGUUGCUAUCGGUCCAAUUGAACAUCCUACCAUUAAAGGAUCAAAAGUUGCAUUGAGAAACAUAACUGUGAUGACUAUACAAGGAGAUAAAAUAAAGCUUACCCUUUGGGGACCAGUUGCAAAUGAAAUUGAUGAUAACCUCUUCAAAAGGAAUCCGGGACCUUUUAUUAUAGUUGCUACAUGUCUAAUUGUGAAAACUUUUAAAGGGGAAUAUAACUUAUCAUCUACAAGUGGAACAAAAAGUUAUAUAAAUUUGGAGAUUCCAGAGACUUCUGCGUUUAUGGAUCAGGACGUGAAAAAUGAUCAUCUUAUAGAAGAGCUGCCAAGACAAUUUAAGCCACAGAGAACAAUUGAAGAAGAGAUGAAUAAUAGCAGAAGAACCAUAAUUGAAAUAUUAAACAUGGUCUGGAACUCUGAAAAUAAGGAGACUAUCUUCACCUGCCAUGGAAAGAUUACAAAAAUUGAAACAGCUUUUGGUUGGUACUUUAUGUCAUGCGAAACAUGUCGUAGAAAGGUUAAACCAAGAGGUGAACAUUUGUGGUGUGAUCGUUGUAACAAACUGGCAGGCUUCCCAAUCCCAAGGUAUAGAAUUGAACUGAAAGUUAAAGAUGACACAAGAUUGACAACAUUCAUUUUAUUUGAUUCUAUGGCUGAAAAAUUACUCCAUAUAUCAGCAAAAGAACUUAUAAAUAAAUGUUCACAGGUACCUGAAGAGUUUGACAUGCCUAUGCAAAUAGCAAACCUUAUUGGGAAAACAUUUGUCUUCCAAUUGGAACUCAAUGAUUAUAACCUCAAACAAGGAUGGGAGAUCUACACAGUAAAGAAAGUUUUUGAUCCUGUUAUGCAGAUUGACAAUUCAGUUAAACUUGAUCAAAUAACUGAUUAUUAUAUGAGCGAUGCUACAAAUGAUUCUGACAACAACUUACCAAGUGAAAAAGAUGCUAAUCCUACAAAUGAUGCAAGUCAAGUACAGCUCACACCUAUUGCAGAUCGACAAAAGAGGAAAAGGAAACAAAAACUCCUUUAAUAUGUUCAAACUUAUGUUACAAAUUAUUUCAACUUUUCUUACAAUAAUACAAUCACCAUUAGGAAGGUGUUCUGCUAUCUGUUGGGAAUAGAUAAAUGACCUUACAAAAUAGUUAACGAAGGAAUAGGUGGUGUUAAAUAUUCUGAGAAAUUGAUGUUAAUGGUUUUGUCUACAUGUGUAUUGGUUAUAUUUGAUGGAUGCAUGUUAUCCACCUGUUGUAUUGGUUAUAUUUGAUGGAUGCAUGUUAUCCACCUGUUGUAUUGGUCUUACUUGAUGUAUAAAUGAUGGUCCACCUGUUGUUUUCUCAUA